GCGGCGGCUGCGGCGGCAGUGGCGGAGGAGGCAGCGCGGCAGCGGGUUCCGUUCCGGGCCGAGGCUGGACGCGGAAAAGUUGCGGGGCGGCGAGGAGCAGCCCCGAGACGGGCAGCGAGGGCGACAUCGAGCCGGGGACCGGCGUCUGAGGACCAGCCAUGGACGACCUCGAUGCCCUGCUGGCAGACUUGGAGUCUACCACCUCCCACAUCUCCAAACGGCCAGUGUUCUUGUCAGAGGAACCUCCCUACUCCUACCCAACUGGAAACCACACAUACCAGGAGAUUGCAGUGCCACCUCCGGUCCCACCACCCCCAUCCAGCGAGGCCCUCAAUGGCACGGUCCUGGACCCCUUAGACCAGUGGCAGCCUAGUGGUUCCAGAUACGCUCACCAGCAGCCUCCAUCCCCGUCGCCCGUGUACAGCUCCAGUGCUAAAAAUUCCAGUGCCUCCAACCCCCAGGACGGCGUCGGCUCCCUUUGUUCCCGGGCAGGCGAGGAAGAGCACGUCUACAGCUUCCCCAACAAGCAGAAGUCCGCGGAGCCUUCGCCUACCGUGAUGAGCUCCUCGCUGGGCAGCAACCUCUCUGAACUUGACCGGCUGCUACUAGAGCUGAACGCGGUGCAGCACAGUCCCCCCGGCUUCCCUGCAGAUGAAGCCGAAUCAAGCCCCCCAUUGCCCGGAGCCCUGAGCCCCCUUUAUGGCAUCCCAGAAAAUAACAGUCCCCUAGGGGGCAAAGCGGGGCCCCUGAUGAAAGAGAAGCCAAAGCGGAAUGGAGGCCGGGGCCUGGAGGAUGUGCGGCCCAGCGUGGAGAGCCUUUUGGAUGAACUGGAGAGUUCGGUGCCCAGCCCUGUCCCGGCCAUCACUGUGAACCAGGGAGAGAUGAGCAGUCCCCAGCGAGUCACCUCCAGCCAGCAGCAGACCCGGAUCUCGGCCUCCUCUGCCACCAGGGAACUGGACGAGCUCAUGGCUUCACUGUCAGAUUUCAAGAUGCAGGGCCUGGAACAGAGAGCGGAUGGAGAGCGGCCGUGGGCAGCCGGCUGUGCCCCCAGCAGCAGGCAGAGCAGCCCUGAAGGGCAGGACGAGGGAGGGUUCAUGGCCCAGGGGAAAACUGGGAGCAGCUCUCCUCCUGGGGGACUCUCAAAGCCGGGGAGCCAGCUUGACAGCAUGUUGGGGAGUCUGCAGUCUGACCUGAACAAGCUAGGGGUCGCCACCGUUGCCAAAGGGGUCUGCGGAGCCUGCAAGAAGCCCAUCGCUGGGCAGGUUGUGACCGCCAUGGGGAAGACAUGGCACCCCGAGCACUUCGUGUGCACCCACUGCCAGGAAGAGAUUGGCUCCCGGAAUUUCUUCGAGCGGGACGGACAGCCCUACUGUGAAAAGGACUACCACAGCCUCUUCUCCCCACGCUGCUACUACUGUAACGGGCCCAUCCUGGAUAAAGUGGUGACGGCACUGGACCGCACGUGGCACCCGGAACACUUCUUCUGUGCCCAGUGUGGAGCUUUCUUUGGUCCAGAAGGGUUCCAUGAGAAGGACGGCAAAGCCUACUGUCGGAAAGAUUACUUCGACAUGUUCGCACCCAAGUGUGGCGGCUGUGCCCGUGCCAUCCUGGAGAACUACAUUUCAGCCCUCAACACCCUGUGGCACCCUGAAUGUUUUGUGUGCAGGGAAUGCUUCACUCCCUUUGUCAACGGCAGCUUCUUUGAGCACGACGGGCAGCCCUACUGUGAGGUGCACUACCACGAGCGGCGUGGCUCGCUGUGUUCUGGCUGCCAGAAGCCCAUUACCGGGCGCUGCAUCACCGCCAUGGCCAAGAAGUUCCACCCCGAGCAUUUUGUGUGCGCCUUCUGCCUCAAGCAGCUCAACAAGGGCACCUUCAAGGAGCAGAAUGACAAGCCCUACUGCCAGAGCUGCUUCCUGAAACUCUUCUGCUAGGCCACUUCUGUCACCUGCCCUCUCCAGCCAGCGCCACCAACGGCUACUGUGACCCAGGGGUGUCGGGCCCAUCAACAGAAACUGGAACCUUAUCCUCAGCAGGUGCAGGUGAAGGGCAGGACACUGUGGCCGUCCUGCCUGGUUCCCAUCCCUAAAGGGGCCUCUUCCCCCUUCCGUGGCUCUCCUGGGCUCUCCGUGCACUUCAUCUUCACCAGAGGUGGGAACUGCCGCCCAGUUGUCCCAUGUGUGUCCCCAAGAGCCAGCACCCCACACUGGAGCCGUUCACUGUCACCCUUCAGCAGUGUGGUCACUGGGAGGGCAGAGAGGGUCAGCCAGGGGCUUUUUAUCCUUCUCCAAACCCAAUUACCCUAGUGUACUGGGGACACCAGGCCCCUCUAGACAAUGCCAGCAUAAACUCACCCAUACACCACCAAAGGCACUUUGGGUGCCACCACCCAGUCUCCCAGAGUCUGGGCGGCUGCCCCAUUCAUACCCACCCCGGGUCUCUGAGAAAGGCUUCUCCAGCAAUAACAUUUUAUAUAGACACAUGCUUCAUCUCUGGGGACGGCGUGAGGUGGGAGUGUCACCCACACCUCAAUCCUGUACCACAUUUGAUAGAUUUCUACACUGAGGGUCAACUUCGUAUUGCUCAAGUUGCUUUUAUGUAUCUCUACAAGAUGAUUUUGAAGAGAUUUAAAGAACGCCCCCUUUUGUACUCUUGUCUGUCCACUGCCGCUGGCUCAGCCCGUGGCCUUGGUUUUGGUAUGGACUUUGCUUUGUACUGAGGGCUUGGGACGGGGAAACAAUUUGUAUCUUAUUUUAUUUCUUAGCACAAUGAACUGGGAGCAGCUCGGUGAUGACUUCUGUAACCUCCCAGCUCCCAGGACUGUUUUUAAACUGCUGUAUUUUCAAGCCCUUCCCUUACUGCCCAGGCCAAGGGGCUCUUCACUAAGAACUGGUCUAAGAAGGUUCAGCCCUUUGGACCUGGAAUUUUGAACCUCAUGUGUCCUGUUCCCAAGGGAGGCAAAGGGGAAAGACAUAGUUGGGGUCUGCUUCCUGCCUAAGUAAGCCAUCAGGAGCCAGCCUCCGCUCCCUGUGAACUUUCUGGCAACAAGGAGAACCCACUGACCUUCUCAGCCCCCUCAUUGCUUCUUUGGGGCUCCCUCUUCUGCCUUCUCAGGAAAAGCUGGUGUCUGAUUUUGACUAGGAAGACCGUAAAGGGUCUCUGGUCUCCUUUCCACUGGGUGCAUCUCUCCCUCAAACUUCCUGGUGACCUGGGCAAAGGUUGUUCCCUUUCACAGGUGGGAUUCAUGUUUGUGGUGGAGGGGGUCUGAGAAGAACGCCCCAAGUUGGUACAAGGGAGCUCAGUAGGAUUUAGGGCAGAGGGUCAAAAUCCUGUUAGAACAACAGGAAGUCCCGGAGCUCCCAUUCCAAAGGACGAGACGGGAGCAGCCAGCUUGGAAAAGGCUGGAAGAAAAGCCCCUGGAAAAGGCACUCCAGGGGAUUCCAUAGGCCAGGGACCUACACAUUACAUCAGCUUCCGAGUAGCGGCCCAGUGUGAUGGGGUCCCAGAUCCUCAGUCAGGGCUGGGCUAGCAGCAGCCCAGGACAAGGUCAGCUCUGGCGCUGCAGACACCUGCACUUCCACCCACAGGCCUUACUGCUCUGUUUACAGUGACCUGCUCCAGGCCCCUCCAAGAAGAGACUGGGGUAUCUGGAGCUCCAUUCUCUGGGUCAAUGGAUAUGUGAUCAUUUGAUAUAUAUAUAUAUAUAUUUUUUUUUCCCCUUAUAAACUUCUAACCUGGCUUUUCCCAUUUCAACUCCUGUGAUUUAUGCCAAUAAAGUUUGCCAUGAUUUUCA